GGCGCCCCCCAUGCUGCUGCAGCCCGCGCCGUGCGCCGGCUUCCCGCGGCCGCCGGCCGCCCCCGGCGCCAUGCACGGCUCCCAGAAGGACACCACGUUCACCAAGAUCUUCGUGGGCGGCCUGCCCUACCACACCACCGACGCCUCGCUCAGGAAGUACUUCGAGGGCUUCGGCGACAUCGAAGAGGCCGUGGUCAUCACCGACCGCCAGACGGGCAAGUCCCGCGGCUACGGCUUCGUGACCAUGGCCGACCGGGCGGCGGCUGAGAGGGCUUGCAAAGACCCCAACCCCAUCAUUGACGGCCGAAAGGCCAACGUGAACUUGGCUUAUCUGGGCGCCAAGCCCAGGAGCCUGCAGACAGGUUUUGCCGUGGGCGUUCAGCAGCUGCACCCCACCUUGAUCCAGCGGACCUACGGGCUGACCCCGCACUACAUCUACCCGCAAGCCAUCGUCCAGCCCAGCGUGGUGAUCCCCGCGGCCCCCGUCCCCUCGCUGUCCUCGCCCUACCUUGAGUACACCCCGGCCAGCCCAGCCUACGCCCAGUACCCGCCGGCCACCUACGACCAGUACCCGUACGCCGCCUCGCCCGCCACGGCCACCAGCUUCGUGGGCUACGGCUACCCGGCCGCCGCCCUGCCCCAGGCGCUGGCCGCCGCGGCCCCCGCGGGCACCACCUUCGUGCAGUACCAGGCCCCGCAGCUGCAGCCCGACCGGAUGCAGUGAGCGCCGUCCCCGCCAGGGACCACGCGGCCUCCACGUGACCGGCGGCCGAGGCGAGGACCUGGGCAGUGAGCGAGGAGCCCCUGGAGGUGCGAGCUCGGCUCCUCCUGCCCUCGCCGCAGGACGCCGCUGCCCACACGCAGGUGCCUUACCCGAGCGAGCGAGCGAGGACCGCGCCCGCGGCCGCAACCUCUGUUGUCCCUGCAGCCCUGCCGAGGGGACUUCAGAGUUCCCGCCAGGGUUUUGAGGGGGGCCCCCCGCCCCCAGGAUCGGAGCCUCUCUGAUUUGGAGACGCUUGUUUGUGUUUGCCGGAGGUGGCGCGGUGGAGUGCGGGGCACCGGCCGUCACCGUGACCGUGACCGUGACCGUGGCCCCCGCGCCUGGCGUCCGUGCUGCUCGGGGUCUCAGCCGUGGGCGCCGGGAGCGCUUGGCCCUUGCAGGGUGCGCCCCUCCUCCCUCGACCUCCCUGCCUGGGCCCUGUCUGCCCCCCCUCGGGGCUCCGGGGGGGUGGGGGAGGCUCGGACGCUGACGGGGCUGGGGGCGGCUGGGGUGUCCUUGGGACCUACCUCAGGGAGCUGAGCGCGCUCAGUGCACGCCUGGUACAGAGGCAAGCUCGGAAAAUAAA